CGUUUUAACGUAUAAACAGUUAUUUUAUGUUACACUUGAUAACGUCAAUGGCGAUAAAAAUAACAAUAAAAACAUGCCAGUAUCAAGCGGCGCGCCAACGCGAACGCACGCGUUUUAAAAAUAAAUAUUAAAAAUAAAACCCGUAUGUGACCGUUUCGCGCCAAAAGCAAAAAUAGAAGUGUUGUGAUUUCGUAGAGUGCAACAUAGUUCUAAACUAAUAAAAUUGUAGUGCCAAAAAACAGUUAAAAAAGUCCCUAGAGUGCAAAAAAAUCGAGUGACCACUGACCAAUCAUAACUAGAUGUACAUAAUGCGAGCGAGAUGUCGUUCUUGAAGCGAGUAAAAGUGCGGGGUUCCAGGGAGCGAGAACCCGAGCUGACGCGGAGCCAGUACUCGCUCGUGUCUCAGGACCUGACCGCGGGCGCGCUGCAGCUGUGGCUCGGGUUGCCCGAGGAGGUGAAGUACGACCCGGCGCUAGCGGCCUUCAGGCAGUUCUACGAGAAGGAGACGGCUCAAGAAUCCCUCCCCCUCCGCCCAAGAAGAUCAUCAGCGCCGAAGGUCAAACGGCUUCCAGCAGUCAACUCAGCUCCUCACCUCAACAAUAAUGAAAGAGUGUCAGAGGAUCCACAUGCGCAGAAUGGAUCCGUCUACUUUACGCAAGAUUAUAAACCUGUGGAAGCCACGGAGGCAAACAAUCACUUACUCCAUGGACAGAAGAAACCUUCAAAAUGGGACAAAGCCCGGAGCUACACCAAGCUGUCUCUCCUGGUGGGUUGUUGGGUGUUCUUCACCGUCGUGUUCUGUCUCUUCAAUGAGAAGGAGGUCACCGUCAGAAACUGUGUCCUUACACCAGGACAAGUCAAAGAUUACAUCCUCGAGGUUCCAAAGAGUCACCUAACACUAUUGGUGGACGUGUCAGGCCCGUUCCUGACUCAACAGGAGGAACAGAAACUGAACCAUACGGUGAAGGACUCAAGGUCGAAAGUCGAUGUGUGGGUGGAGAGAUGGGCCGUAAGGGAAGAUACAGGCGAUAUCAAAGAAAUGGAUAUAGUGGAGAGAGAGAAUUUCACUCAACCUCACUCAUUCCUAUUCCUGGACCCCAACGAGUUGGAAUUCAGCGAGGCCACGCCGCGGUCGGCUAAGUUCGAACACCAGUCAAAUUUGAAUUCAACGGCCGUUUAUGUCAUCAGAAUGUUGUCCGACUCGGCGGUGGCGACUCCCAUAUCGUUAAGUUACCAGGACGGCCCGAUAGAUGUCGCCGUCGGCGUCACUUACGCCUGUCUGCUUCUGGUUAUGCUGUACGCGUUGAUUAUAUUUGAGAUAAUAAACCGCACACUAGCAGCGAUACUGGUGUCGACAUUAUCACUGGCGGUGCUGUCAUUGGCUGGAGAACGUCCUUCAGUAGAGCAGCUGGUGUCAUGGCUGGAUGUGGAAACCCUGCUGCUGCUGCUGAGUAUGAUGCUUCUGGUCGCCAUUAUGGCGGAGACGGGCAUGUUCGACUUUCUGGCCGUCUUCACUUUCCAGGUAACGAAGGGCAAGAUGUGGCCUCUAAUCAACGUGCUCUGCGCCAUCACGGCCGUGCUCUCCACAUUCCUGGACAACGUCACCACCGUGCUGCUCAUAACGCCCGUCACCAUCAAGUUGUGCGAGGUUAUGGAGAUGCAUCCGAUCCCUGUGCUGACAGCUAUGGUGCUAUACAGUAACAUCGGCGGAACAGCCACGCCAGUUGGAGACCCGCCCAACGUGAUCAUAGCUUCCAACCAGAUCGUCAUACAAUCGGGCAUCAACUUCGCGAACUUCACGCUGCACAUGACACUAGGCAUCAUACUGGUGUGUGUACAGACAUACUUACAACUGCGGUUCAUGUAUCGAGACGUGAGCAAGCUGCGGCCGAGCGAGCCGCGGGACAUACAAGAUCUGAGGAGACAACUGAACGUUUGGCGACGAGCAGCAGACUCGCUUCCCCACAUGAGCAAGGAUGAGUUAGUCGUCAAGGAGCGGUUAGAACGUAAGGUCCUAAAGAUCACCUCGCAGUUAGCCAUCGCGCUAAAAGAGAGUAACAAGCGCGCCUGCCCCAAAGACACUUUUCAGAGGACCCUCUCCGAGCUCAAGGAAAAGUACAAGAUCCGGGACAAAAAGCUGCUGAUAAAAUCCUGUGUCGCCAUCGGAUUUGUGGUCGUCAUGUUCUUCCUCCACGCUUUCCCUGAAUUCAAUCGCGUGUCGCUCGGUUGGACAGCUUUACUGGGCGCCAUCUUGCUCCUGAUCCUGGCUGACAGGGAGGAUAUAGAAUCCAUCCUGCACAGGGUGGAGUGGUCCACUUUACUCUUCUUCGCGGCUCUCUUCGUUCUUAUGGAGGCAUUGACCAAGCUAGGUCUGAUCGACUACAUCGGCGGGCUUACUGAAGCUCUCAUCAUGAGGGUUCAUGAAACCCAUCGUUUGGCGGUCGCCCUGCUCCUCAUACUCUGGAUAUCAGGCGUGACGUCAGCGUUCGUGGACAAUAUCCCGCUGACGACGAUGAUGGUGCGGGUGGUGACGUCACUGGGCACCAACCCCGCACUGGGGCUACCUCUGCCGCCGCUCAUAUGGGCGCUGUCGUUCGGAGCCUGCCUGGGAGGUAACGGCACAUUAAUCGGCGCGAGCGCAAACGUGGUGUGCGCGGGAGUGGCGGAGCAGCACGGAUACAAGUUCACCUUCGUGCAGUUCUUCAAAGUUGGCUUCCCCAUCAUGAUUGGACACUUGGUAGUAGCCAGCGGGUACCUGCUCGUAUGCCACUGUCUUCUUACGUGGCACUGAGGUGUUAGGUCCAGCUUCGAAACUCAAAGCCCAGAUCACGAAUCAGGGAGGCGUUGAAGAUCUACCUUUGAAGAUUGGACACUUUUUUUUUAUAUGCGCGGCUGUGCCGGGAUGACACGGCUAACACAAUUUCACCUUCGUGCAGUUCUUCAAAGUCGGCUUCCCCAUCAUGAUUGGACACUUGGUCGUAGCCAGCGGGUACCUGCUCGUAUGCCAUUGUCUUCUUACGUGGCACUGAGGCGUUAGGUCCAGCUUCGAAACUCAAAGCCACGAAACCUCCUCAACACUUUUUCUUUGAAGAUUGGAUACUUUUUUUGGUGUGCGUGAGAGUGGCGCGGCACCACUGCUACAAUGGCACCUUCGUGCAGUUCUUUAAAAGUCGGUGUCCCCAUCUGGUGGACUGGAAACUUGGGCCAGCGGGUAUUUGAUAAUUUGUCACUGUUUUCUUACGUGGCACUAGUAACCAAGUCCUUCAACCGCCCUUGUAGUUUUGCCCCCAAAGACGUCAACUGACGCGCGCGGCUACAGCCCAAUAUCAGCCUUAGUGCAUUCCGACAAGGUUCACAAUGACGCGCCGCGCACGAUAGGCGUUAAGGGGGAUUCCACCAGUGUGCGGCGCGGCGCAAGCAUUUUUGUACUAAACAUGUUUGUGCCGCAGAGUGCCGCACACUCAUGGAAUCUCUUUGAUUUUUAAGUUCCGGAGUCAGUUUAGCAGUUUUGUUUAUGUUUUUUAUUUAUAUAACACUUAAUUUAAUUUGAAUUUGUUCUUUUAAAAUGACAUUGGGACUUAAGAGCUUGUACUUCAUAAUUCCUAAUAUGAAGUGUGAUCAAUAUUACCCACCUUUUUAUUUCGUUAAAUGGGGCAUCAUCUAUGAAAAGGGACCCUAUUGUCGAUGGGGCUUACGCCGCACAUCAGCGUCGCGCGGUCGGAGCAUCGUUAAUAAUGGUGUAAGCGCCAUUGAUAAUAAGGUCCCUUUUCAUAGAUAACGUCACAAAUAUUAUCAUUUUGUACCUUUAACACGUACUUAAUACGUUAUAUUGUUAAUAAUAGUGUGUGUGUCUUUGCUGUAUUGAGGGAAAAGAUUCCUUAGGAUUCCUACAAAAAUUUGGAAAACCAUUCGGAAAUUUCUGGAAAUUUUCAUUCCGAAUUUUUUAUUUUAGAUAUAUAUAAUCUUGUUUCCACAAAAAAAAAUGUAAGAAUUUUUCAAAAAUUUCGCUAUAUUGCUAUGUGUUUAUUUUUUGUAUAUUACAAAUGUUAUAAAACUUAAUGUGAUACAUUUACGGAAAUAUACGGUCGGCCUUUAAUUUCUCUAAACAUAUCAAAACUAAAACAAAAUACAGAAAUAAUUAUAAAAAUCGAACAUCUCUGUAAAAAGUUAUGCGUGGUCAUACAUAAAAAAAAAAAAAAUACGCGUCGACUUGAGAACCUCCUCCGUUUUUUUUUUUUGAUCGGUUGAAAAAUCACUUGGAUCACCAUUAGUCUAAUGAUCUAAUCAACUGAGAUUAUUGUAUUCACAUAUUUUUAUAACUUUCUUUUUCUUUCAAAUGGCUUACCUACAUGUUAAUUUUGAUAAUGAUAAACUGCUGUGACUAAAACGAAAGAAAAAAAAACGCUUUUCAUGCGUUAUUGCGAUGAAUUUCUAAAGUGUUUAUCGAAUGGUUAUAGUUCGUUUUUUUAGCAUUAGAAAAAAGGUAAACAAUCUUGAGGUGUAUUUUUAUUGAAAAACACUUUUGAAAACUAAGUCAGGCAAAUAUGUAACAAUUAUGAAUCAUAUAUACGAUUAUUUACAUUCUAUUGCUUUCAUAAGUAAUAGUUACUGAUUUAUAAAAACCGUUUUUCACUUUUAAAAGACACGCCAAGAUCGCGUAGUCUUCUUGUAAUGCUAAAAAAACGAACUAAGUAUAGGCUAACUGUACUUUUCAUAAUUAUAAUAUAAUCUUUAAAGUUAUAGAUAUCAUUAUAAAAUAAUAUUAUUUAUUAACUAUUGAAGUCACAAAGUUCGUUAUUUAUAUAGUUCUUUCAAUAUUAGUGUAAUGUCAUAUGUUCCGUCCUUUACAAAUUAUUUACAUUAAAAGUGUUAGUAUUACAUUUUAAUAUAAUACAUAUUAUAAUCAAAUAUUCGCUAAAUUUUAAGCAAAUUAUAAUUUAUAUUAUAACGACAUUUUAAAGCCAUAUAUGAUUUUCGACAUUUUUUCGACACAUGCCCUCUUGGCAUAGUAUAAUAUAUGUUUAAAACAAGACAAUCCUAAGUAUGUAGCUGAUGAUAUGUUAAACAACCAAAUCAUAGUCCAAAAUUAUCUUGAAUAGGUACCUAUAUUUGUUCGAAUGGAACCAUUAUUUGAAAAACGCAGUUAUGAGGCAAAAUAUUUUCAUAAUGGGGAGAAUUAAUUCACACAUAAUAAAAAAAAACCAGCCAAGUGCGAGUCGGACUCGCGCACGAAGGGUUCCGUACCAUUACGCGAUAAACGGCAAAAACAUCACGUAUGUUGCAUGGGAGCCCCACUUACAUAUUUAUUUUAUUUUGUUUUUAGUAUUUGUUGUUAUACAGCGGCAACAGAAAUACAUCAUCUGUGAAUAUUUCAACUGUCUAGCUACCACGGUUCAUGAGAUACAGCCUGGUGACAGACAGACGGACAGACGGACAGUGGAGUCUUAGUAAUAGGGUCCCAUUUUUACCCUUUGGGUACGGAACCCUAAAAAGAACAUUUUUGUUUGUAUACUUAAUUAAAGUACGCAUUGAAAUUGUGGACUUUAGUUGUACGUCGCCAUCAGAUAUAUUGGAGCUGUCAAGGUGCUCACAAAUAUCUGAACAGGCCUCUAUUGCCAAGGCGCUAGAGUGCGUGUUUAGAUUUUUUGGGCACCUCGGCCGCUCUGAUAUAUCUGAUGACGACUGUACUUUUACGGUACUUAAUGCAAUAUUGUGUUAAUAAAAAAAAGAUAUUACCAGUUGGUAAUAUAAAACGCCUAGUAUUUAAGUACUUAUUUAAAAUAUUAAAGUACCUUUAAAAUACUAUGAAGUAUAUAUAGACCGACCGCUUAAAUGAGAACUCGCCUGCGCGGUACGGGGGCGACGGGGUAGGACGACUAAGGGUGGCGGGGAAGGUGCGGGCGGCAGGCGUACCGCGCAGGCGAGGACUCAUUUAAUUUUAAGCGGUCGGUCUAUAGUAUAUGUAACUUAUGUAAGUAUUCACUGUUUGUUUUAAAACAUUCCAUUUAUUAUAUAUGAAUAUUUGAAGUUAAGGUGCAUGCAAUUCUCAAUUUUAUAUUUUAUAUAAAUUAUAUAAUCACAUAAAUUAUAGCCAUCGUCGUUGCGCUUACCAAAUCUGAUAUGUGCGAGAUUUUAAUCAAAUGAAUUAAUACCUUAUAUGUUUAGUUACUAGGUAACUAUUUGUCAAUCAAAAAUCGAACACAUAUCAGCUUUGGAAAGAGCAACGACGCCAUGUUGUUCGUUAUUGAAAAAAUAAUUAUGAUCACAAUAAUAAAUAUUCUAUUAGCAAUAAUUAUUGUAAGAGUAGGUAGAUUAAUAUUUAAUAGUAUUUAACAAUAUUGUGAUUCAAAGUAUU